GAAAACGUAAGUCACGAUGGCCGGCGGACUGUUGGCCGUCCUGGUGAUAGUUGGAGUUCUGGGUCCGAGGUGCACCUGUGUGGACGGGGCGCCCCAACCAGCUAAAGUGGAUCCCAUUGUACUCCUACAAGACAGCGUUGGCGCACUUUCCAAGCGGCUUGCAGUACAAGAAUCUUACUCCAAGACCGUGAAUGGUCAACUGAACCUGAUUCAGACUGACCUGAAGGAUAUAAGGCGAUACGUAAGUCAGAUACAACAUGUCCAACCGUCCACUCAGAACCAGGGGUCAGCCCAGACCACCCCCGUCGUGGCACACGCCAGCAUUUUGUCUGCCUGCAUCGACGACAAGGUGUACCGUAAAGGUAAAGCUGAGGUGUACAUCAACGAUAUCGUAUACACCUCAGCAUCAGAUAACGUGAACAUUGUCACCUUUAACCAGACCACCGGGCAAGUGGCGGCACACGUGGGGUUCGACACGGCGCGGGGAGAAGGCGGAGAGAUGCGGAUGUACCUGGACAAGAUCCCGGCUCACAGCGUGGUGCUCAUCGCUAUCCGGGACGUCGCGGUCAGUCGCCUGCCCAUGUCUACUGACCACAGGCUGAUCGAGGACCUCAGUCUACGGCUGACAAACUCUACCAAGGCGGCAGAGGAAGAUUGGAUCGAAAAGGACACAUCGUGGGCCAUCGAGUCGACUGGACACCCACAUGUGACUGCAAGAAUGACGUACGACGCCGGUAAAGUGCUGGAUGGGAGGGUGAACACCCUGUGGAAUCCUGGUGGAAUGAGCCGAUAUCACAACAACUGGUACAUCAUAUUCGAUUUCAAACAGUUUUACCAGAUUUCGACGGUGAGAAUCCGAAAUUAUGGCGACUGGACCCACGACGUGACCAGGUUCGUUUUCCAAGCGUCCUACAAAACAGAUCCGUCGUACGACUGGAUGGACGUCGUGCGCGGCGAACUCGAGGACACACGUAACAACCUCCAGCAGGAGUUCGGCGGCUUCUCGGCCACUGCGCGGUUCUGGCGUCUCCUCAUCAAGGAAACUGGGAACGGCUACCAACCCUGGCUCUGCGAGGUGGACUUCUUCGGGUUCCAGUCACCGAUGAUGGCCUCCUUUGCAGCGAUCGUCAAGAAGGGCUCCAAGACAUCCUGGGCUGUUGUCGACUCCAACAUGAUCGUGGCUGGAGCUACCAUCAUCGAGACUGCCAUUCCUUUACAUGGCUAAUGAUUGGAAGAAUAUAACACUAUAUUACAGUGUUUCAUAUCCCCCGCGGGGGUCAAUGCGAUGCAGGGAGCUUUUCUUUUUGUUAUGUCUUACAGAUUUGUAGGUAAUAAUUUUGCUCACUUCAGCCAAGUGUUUGCCGUGAUGAUUGUUGCUUUUGAGUGUUCGAUAUAACAGUUGGUGAUCUUGGUGAGUUACUUAUUACAUUAGAAUACGCACACUCCAUGGACAAACUGUAGUGACAACCUGGGUGUGCAAGUGCGCGACCGUAGCCGGGAUAAGAGGUAUCGUAAAUUUAUGUUUGUACAUAACACUAUUGUUCACUGGUCGCCACGCACGUGUUAGGAAUAAUUUGACAAAAAUUCACGGUUUUAUGAAAUUAUGUUUGCUCUCACCAAUAUUUUAACCGCAAAAGGGCUAGUGAUAUUUAAUCAUGACAUGCGCAAGUAUUUUCACAAUCCGUAUACAAUCGAUAGGUUUUCCUCAUGCUAAAGUUUCAAUACCAACUAAAACAGGAAGAUCUUCUGAUGAUCAUUUCUCUCCUGUUUCUCCGUUCAAGGGGAAACUUUUAAAGUGGCAUUACGUUGUCCAAUUCAGGUAUUUUUAAAGUUUGGAAUGGUCUUUU